AUGCUACAGGUCCGAACUGUUUGGGGCGUUAAGAAGCGACUUUCUAAUGCUGUGCGAUUCAAGUCAUCAUUUGCCACAGCUUUGGCAACCGCUGCAAGGCUGGUAACACCUCGAAGCUUGCUUAACAACCCCGUGUCAUUAGUGUCGCAAGAAAUGAACACAUUGGCUAAGAAUAUCGUGGCUUUGAUGGGAUCCGGCCAUCCGACUUUGAACAGAGUAACUGGCUAUUAUUUUGAGGCCGAAGGCAAAAAGGUCAGGCCAAUGCUGGUUCUUUUGAUUUCCAGAGCAUUAGCGGAAAUUCCAUUGGAGGAGCGUAAUCGUAUUAAAGUUGACUAUACAGACGUUCCAGAAGAUCCUGUUUACUCCAAACCACCGCAAUCGCUGCUUUUCGAGCACCCGGCAAAGAAUCUAUCUCCUCUUCACAUUUUGCAUGGUAUCAAGCCACUCAAUCCGUUGACUAAAGGCCCUGAACCUUUACCUCAAGAGUUCGACAAGGAGCGGGGGAUCCUGCCGAAACAGAGGAGACUAGCCGAAAUUGUCGAAAUGAUACAUACCGCAUCCCUGUUGCAUGACGACGUAAUUGACUAUUCGGACACAAGAAGAGGUCGGGCUAGUGGGAACGUGGCCUUCACAAACAAGAUGGCUGUAUUGGCUGGUGAUUUCUUGCUUGGCAGAGCCACUGUAUCUAUUUCUCGUCUCCGAAACCCAGAAGUGGUCGAGCUUGUAUCCAAUAGCAUUGCUAACCUUGUUGAAGGUGAAUUCAUGCAGUUGAAAAAUACUGCAAUUGACAACGACCUAACGACAAUAGCGAAUGGGAGCCAAAAGAUUCCCCCGGCUUCCACAAAAUUGACGAACAACGCUCAUGAUUAUCGUGUUUCUGUCGAGGCCAAUGGGCAAGCACCUCAGGCUAUGGUCACCACAGCCUUUGAAUAUUAUCUUCACAAGACUUAUCUCAAAACCGCUGCUUUGAUCUCUAAAUCAUCCAGAGCUGCUGCAAUUCUCUCUGGUGCCAAGGACCCAGUUAUAGAAGAAUGUUAUAAUUUUGGGAAAAACCUGGGAAUCUGUUUUCAGCUGGUAGAUGACAUGCUCGACUUCACCGUUUCAGCCAAAGACUUAGGAAAGCCUGCUGGAGCAGAUUUGCAACUUGGAAUAGCAACAGCGCCAGUACUCUAUGCUUGGAAGGAAGAUAGUUCUUUGGGGCCACUAAUUCAGCGCAACUUUUCGCAACCUGGCGACGUAGAAAGAACGGCAGAGGCCGUUGCUACACACGAUGGCGUUAGCAAGACGCGAGAAUUGGCUCACGAAUAUAGAGAUCGAGCUCUCGCAAAUCUCCGAAAUGCUCUACCAGAGUCGGACGCUCGUUCGGCGCUCGAAUUUUUGACCAACAGUAUCGUUACCAGAAGGAAGUGA